GUGUGUUUGCCGAUUGCCACCUUGACUUUCCGAUCGUCGACAUAGCACUAAUAGAAAGACGUUUCAAAACGUGCAAGGAUCAUUCUGAAAAAAAUAUAAAUUGUAAGGACUGUUUUGAAUUUCAGGCAAAAGUAAAGGACUACUAGUUCCAUUUCACCUUUUCCCAUUUUAAUUGAUUAACUAGAUAUAAGUCUAGAGAAUUAGUGAGACAAACCUUACCGCUACAGGAAAAAGGUAAAGAAAUAUAUAGAGUCCAAAUCGCCAGUUCCAUAAAGAGUACUCAACAAUGGUUUUGGGUCGAAUGCGAUUGCUUUCACCUCGGGGUAUCAUGAGCCACAAGUUAGAAUAUAACGAGAUACCGGCAGAUCCGACGGGAAUAUACCCAUCUGAUCGCGCAAGACAUAUAAUUCAGAAAACGAAUUUAGCAUAAUCUGGUCAGCUGUCUACAAAAUUUUGCUUCUCCUACAUCACACAUUUGUUGUUUCUCCUUAUAGUCUUGGUUGUCAAGCAAUCCCUACUCUUCCUCUGGAUCUCCUCCUGUGCUUUGCUUGGCGAUGCUGAUGAUGAUCAUGACAACGAUGACGGUGCACUCGAAUGUCGCAUUCUCCACCCUGCGACUCUUUUCUCGCAGUGUUUUUUUUGAAAAACCGUUGAAACAAACCGCUUUUGCGUAUCUUUCUCCCCUCCACACUUCUCGCUCUCUCUCUCUCUCUCUUGGAUUUGCUUCUGUUUGGUCAUCAUCUGUCUUCUUCUUCUUCUUCUACCCCCUGGACUUGUUCCUUCUUCCUCACCUUCUCUUUCUCCCUCUCUAAACUUGACGUUGGAGCAGUCUCAUGAAUGGUGAUUUAACUUUUGUCUCAAGUUAAGUUGCGCCGCUGCCACUCUAUCGUAAAUGUGAGGGUGACCCCAGCAAUCUAUCGGGUUUCUACAGUUGAGAUUCAGGAUCCAAUAUGGUGAAAUCGUACGCUUCAAGAAAUAUCGCAUCUCCUAUCUACAGCGGGAAAGAAAUAGAGACGGCGCUUUGCUUCAGCUCGCCUUCGUUGGACAGGGAAAAGAAGGCGUUUCUCGGGUCGACGAGCUUGAGGUUGAGGUACAAAGAAGAGCACUCACGGGAAUCGGAUGGUUCACACGGCAAGCAUUCGCGCCUUUUGUCGUCCGACCCUGCAAAUUCGAGAAGCAAGGCUGCUGCGACGAAGUUGCAGACGGUCUAUCGUAGUUUCCGGACAAGAAGACAGCUAGCUGAUUGCGCAGUUCUCGUGGAACAGAGAUGGUGGAAAUUGCUGGAUUUCGCUGAACUAAAGAGGAGCUCCAUAUCUUUCUUCGACAUUGAGAAACCCGAGACUGCCGUUUCACGUUGGUCCAGAGCAAGGACCAGGGCUGCUAAGGUUGGAAAGGGCUCAGCCAAGGAUGAAAAAGCUAGAAAACUCGCUUUGCAGCAUUGGCUCGAGGCGAUUGAUCCCAGGCACAGAUAUGGCCAUAAUCUUCAGUUUUACUACGUCAUGUGGCUCCGCUGCAGUAGCAAACAGCCCUUUUUCUACUGGCUUGACAUAGGUGAAGGAAGAGAGGUCAACAUGGAUAGAUGCCCUCGAGCAAGGCUUCACCAGCAGUGCAUCAAGUAUCUCGGACCGACUGAGAGGACGGCGUUCGAGGUCAUAAUAGAGAGCGGGAAGUUCUCCUACAAGCAAAGCGGCGAGAUCCUUGACACAAGAGGAGGGCCCAGAGAUACCAAGUGGAUCUUUGUGCUUAGCACAUCCAAGGACUUAUAUGUCGGGAAGAAGAGCAAGGGCACGUUUCAGCAUUCGAGCUUUUUGGCUGGCGGAGCCACAUUAUCUGCCGGCAGGUUAGAGGUGGAUGAUGGUAUCCUAAAGGCGGUUUGGCCCCACAGCGGACAUUAUCUCCCGACCGAAGAAAACUUUGAGGCUUUGAUUUCAUACCUCAAGGAGAAGAAUGUGGAUCUUACCAAUGUCAAGGUAAGAAAGAUGAGCAUGACAGGGUCCUAUCUGAAGAAAUGCCCUACCGAGGACGAAGAGGCAGACCUUGCUAGAAAAGGCAAUUGCCUCACAAGCAAUCCGUCCGAGGUUGACUUGGUUCAACUCCUGGAAGAAUUGCAUGGUGUGAAAUCAGCUGACAAGGAAGCCAACUUACAGGUGCGCUGUGGUGAUGCCAUCAGUGACUCCGAUCCUCAAACGACCACUUGGUCACGGCGAAUAGGCUCAAGCAUAACCAAGCUUGAAAUACCGCAAAAGCUAAAUGGGUUCCACGCCUUUGGAGAAGAAGCGCUUACGCAAGGACUGAGCCGUUGGACCCAGUUCAUCGGUAGUCCUUCAGAGGACGGGUACGAAACCCCGGAAGAAUCGUUCCUCGCUGAAGAGGACUUCAUAACUCAUAAACUGAACAUGUUUGACGAGGAAGAGGCGGACGCGGAAUGCCCGGUACCGAGGGAGAAGAUCUUGCAAAGAAUAGAUUCGCACAAGGGGACGAGAUCAUAUCAGCUGGGUCAGCAGUUGUCCUGCAAAUGGACGACCGGGGCCGGCCCGCGCAUCGGCUGCAUGAGGGAUUACCCCUCUGAGCUCCAAUCCCAUGUGUUGGAGCUCGCAAACUUGUCCCCGAGAGGAUCGAGCACGCAUGUCUCGCCAUUCAGCUCGUCCCGAUUUAGCCCGAAGGUGGUGACCCCGACGUCUCUGUGUAGAGAGGCCACGGCGAGCAGAAGCCGCUUUGUCCCGGAACGGGUUAUGAUGUCCCAUACAGCCACGCCUUAGCGUAUGUACACAUAUAGUGGAUUCAUUGGGAUCAAGUAAAGGAUGUGGAAGAGAUUUCUUUCACCACUCUUGGCUUUUUUUUGUAGAGAUUAACAGGGAAAUGGAAUCAGAUCAGGAGACAGUUUUGCUUUGCUUUGUUUGAAUUACUUUUGAUAGAAAAACCCCUCUUCUUGUGGGGGGAAAGCUUGUUGGGAACAACUUUGGCAAUGCCAUUGUUGCUUAUAGAAUGAGAUCCUUGGGAACUA